GAGCUCCAACUCUUGCUAGGCGCGGGUGCCGGCGGGAGCGUCUUCAGCCUAAAUCCCCGUCACGAGUGUCCAAAGAAAAAAAUAUAUAUCAAUCGCCCUACAACAAGAACGAAGAGCAAUGGAAGUUUCUCGAUCCCUCAAGACAACCAGCGUCCCACGGUAAACGCCAGCCACCAGGGGAGCCAUGAAAAACGGGUCUUUUAAAGGGAAGAUUCGCCGACACUGCCGCUCAUGACCGCUCCCCGAAAGCAAACAUGAACCGCGCCUCCAUCCGGAACUAGCGCGCAAACACAACCCGUUAUAUCCAAGGUCACAACGCCGAGCAUUAUGAUCUGAUAAACAAAGCUCGAUUCGAAUUAACAUUGGAGCCGUGGGGUGUUCACCGUCAUACCAGAUGCGUCGGCGUUGUCCCUCCCCGGGCGCGGCCCAGCAGGUGCUCCUGGUCUCCGCUGCGGUUAUGGCGCUCACCCUCUACUAUCGCGCCCCUGCCACCGCCGUCCUCCGUAGCGCCGCCCCUGCCGCUCGCGCCCACCCCGCCCGCCCCGCAACCACCGAGGCACCGAGAGCGAAGGCGGCGGCGAGGAAGGGCGGCGGGACCGGCAUCCGUGCAGGCUGGGACGAAGGGGCGGCGGCGGACGGUGACUUCCCGAUCUCGCUGGAGCGCGACACCGGCGAGGACUCCUUUGCCAGCAAGUUCAUGAUGGCGCUGGAGUUCCUGACGAAGGAGACAGAGCGGAAGACGAAGGCGACGACUCCCUCGCUGCCUCGUCCGUUGUCUGACCGCAACCGUACGGCCAACACGGUGCCUUGGAACCAGGACACGAACCCGCAGCCGGACACCAAGGCGAACACGAUUCCGGCCGCCAAGCCAGCCGUGCGUCCGGGCCCGCAGCCCCGGGCGACUCCCAGCGCCCCCCAGGCCCGCGGCCGGGCAUGCCGCGUGGCCUUCCCGCCGCUGGACCUCUGCGAGUGCCAGAGGGAGAUCCUGGCGCAGGGGGGAACGGCGUGCCCUGCCACUAAGGGCGGAGGAGAAACGACCCCCCGUGACCUGCUGGCAGCCUUGAACCGCACGCUCGGCUCCUCCACCUGCAGCGACGCCGCCACGCUCAGGGGUGCCAACCAAUCGGUGAUCAGCUUCUCCCUCUUCGGCGCCUUCCCCAGCGAGUACCACGACGGGUUGCCGGUGGUGGUGGCGCGGGCGGCGGAGGCGUACCCUGGGUGGGCGGUGAGGGUGUACCACGACCUCGACCUGGCGGAGGAUCUCGGCGCAAGGGUGUGGGUGUGCUCCCUCGCCUGCAAGUUCCCUCACCUCGACUUCUGCUCCGUCAAGUCCUUGCCAGUUAUCGGUGACCUCCGCCCUACGAUCGGGACCAUCUGGCGUCUGGCGGUGCUCGGCGACCCCCUCGUCCGCAGGUUCGCCAUCCGGGACAGCGACUCCCCGGUCCUGCAGCGGGAGGUCGACGCCGUGAGGGAGUGGGUCGACUCCGGGAAGUGUUUCCACAUCAUGCGAGACAACGCCGCCCACACCAUGCCCAUCAUGGGCGGCAUGUUCGGCGGGUGUGGCUUUUGGCAUCGCGAGGUGUUGGAGCGCAUCCGGGGGACACUGUUCCGGUUCUCACGCAAGGCGAGCCACGGCAACUACUACGACCAGGUCAACGAGGUGCGGUUCCUGUGGCCAACAAUCAAGAAGAACUUCAUUGCGCACGACUCCUACCUGUGCAAUCAGUUUCCGGGCUCUCGACCCUUCCCCACCAAGAGAGUCAACAGCACCUUCGUUGGCAUGAGGAGAUAUCGUAAGGACUUCAAGGGCGACAUGGUAAAAGUGCCCUGUCCCGUGGCGUGUCGGCCCCCCAAGCACAUGGACUGGGAGUACUGUUAGUUAUAUGUGAGGUGGCCCUGUGAUCAGGAUUUUUGGUGAAGGGGUUACCUGCAUGGCGGUACUCCAUUCACUUUUGUGUUUUUGCUUUUAUUUAUUGCUGAAAUAUUGAUAUACACUGUCUAUAAGACUUGUAAGCAUGAGCUAUGUGUGUAUCUAUCCAUAUUGUAUGUACAAUUUCCAAUAUAAAUGUUUAUCAUUAA